UCCUCAACCAAACACUAAACUGAUAUUUUUGUGUGUUGGAAAAAAAACUGGAAGUCAGCCGGUGGACGAGUGGCUAUUUACACAGAAAAAAGCACAAGAAGCGAGCGGCCUUGGUCGUGAGUAACAAAGGUGGACGUUGCUGCUCCCGAAACUUGUGUAACUGGCGAAGAAGACGGCUAAAAAAUUGCUGCUUGUAAACCCACAAAAAGGCUGGUUUUUGUUUCACUGUGGCUGUCGAAAGGCGGGGAAUACGAAGCGACGUGAGAGUCAAAUCUGAUAAAACAUUUUGGACUCGUUGACGCAAAAACGGGGAUCACUACAAAGCCAGUUUGUGUUGCUGUGACUGGUCAGCGAUAGUACAUGGAUUAUCUGUGUUUCCGUGCACUGUGCUGUAAAGGACCCCCGCCGCCGAGACCAGAGUAUGAUGUGGUGUGCAUUGGACUGACAGGUGCUGGAAAGACCAGCCUGCUCUCACGCCUCUGUAGUGAGGGCAGCGACGGAAUUGUUCCUACCACAGGUUUCAGCAUCAAAGCAGUGCCAUUUCCAAAUGCCAUCUUGAAUGUAAAAGAACUUGGAGGAGCCGACAAUAUCAAGAAAUAUUGGAGUCGUUACUACCAGGGGUCACAGGGUGUAGUCUUCGUAUUGGACAGUGCCUCAUCAGAUGAGGACCUCGAGGCAGCGCGUAACGAGCUCCAUUCAGCCCUCCAGCAUCCACAGCUCUGCACGCUGCCUUUCCUCAUCCUUGCCAAUCACCAGGACAAGCCUGCAGCAAGGACGCCAAACCAGGUCAAGAAGUACUUCGAGUUGGAGCCGCUGGCCAGGGGGAAGCGCUGGAUCCUCGAGGGCAGCACCACCGACAACAUGGAGGCAGUGAAAGAGAGCUUUGGUCAGUUCAUUUGCCUGUUGGAGGACAAAGACACAGAGCCUGCAAGGAUAUGAUGCUAAUGCUGCUAAUGCUAAGAGACAUUAGCAGCUAACGAGAAGGAUACACCACAUCCUGCUGGUUCCCAUGUACACACACUCACGCACAGACACAAACAUGUACACACAAGCAAAUACAGCAGAUGUCGGCCUCUCUCUUUGAGAUGUGUAUUGUAUGUUAUUAUCCUUUCACUGCACUCUCAUUUUUUUAAAUUGGAAGAGUGUGCACAACCACGACAACCUGCCAGAGAAGAAUCGCCAUUAAACCUGUCUGAUGUAAAGCAGUUUGUCAAGAAAAAAAUCGUUGAACUUUGUCAGAAGUGGAAAUCUUGUUUACUACUGUUUGUGCCAUUGUGAUCAAACCAAUGGCAUCUGGGGACGUAUUGCAUUCCUUCAGUCAUCAUUGGACACUAACACAUACAUUCUCCCUCUCGCACAGACACACACACACACACAGACACACACAAAGUGGAGCCUAGGUUGUCUGUAGAUAUGUUUAACAUCUCCACUAAUUACUUUAGCGGAUGUUUGGGUGGGCAAGGUUGAUUUUCUUUCCACUGAGAAGUACUGUACUGUACUGCUGUCAAGGGUGCUUCUCCCUUUGACUUGCUAACAACGAACGUCGUUGUGUGAUUGGAGUACAUAGUCCAAAGCCUCGUGUUAUGUACAGUAGUUACAUAUCGGUGUGUCACACCAUGUCUGAAUAUCUAAUCUGAAUAUUGUAGUCUGAGUAUCUCAUGGAGUAUUUUGUACAGUACAUGCAAACAAGCAUAAUGCUGUGUACCUUCCUGUGUGGCCAUACAGGCGUACUACUAAUCACGUGACUAAGUGCUAGGUGACUUUAUGGAGACGUGGGUCCAUUCGGAGUAAGUGGGAACAAGUCUGAAUGCUUUUAUAAAUGUGCAAUUUAGGAUAUAUUUUAUAGCUCUGUAUGUUAACCUUGUAGAGCUACAUUCAGAUUACAACGAUUUUUUAAAUAUAUCAUACCACACUUUCAAUUCGUUCAAAUCAAUGACCAAAAAAUGUAAAAAUAAAAAAAGUGAUGAUUGACCGGGCUGGAUGUAUUCGCAAGUCGAAAGAUGUGACGAAAUCAGUUUCAGUGUUUUAGCUUAAGUCUCUGUUUUUUUUUACCGUUUUUUUUAUUUUAUUUUAUCUGGCAUAAUCCCUCUCGGCACUGGCUUGUGACUCCAGUUUCCCAUCAGGGUGGAAUACAAACUCUAUCAAUCAGCCACAGCAACAGCUGCAUCUGACAAGUCCCUGUCCGACACCCUAAUGCCUUCCAACUGUCUGUGAAGACCCCUCCCUGUCUGCUGUUUAUCUCGGACCCCCACCCCACUUCAUCCCUACCAGUCGCAACCGAGACUGCCCCUCCACUCCACUCCAGCUCUGCUCCCUGUCCACAUUACUGCUCAGUGUGGUUUUUAUCCCAGAUGCCCUCAUGUGGACUCCACACCUCUGAAUUGAGUCCUGUUCAGUGUGCCACAGGUGUGUGUGGUCGUCCCGUUCGGUAACGGCUGACGCACACACCUCCUCCAUGUGUGCUUUAUAUGUCUGUUGUUGUUUUUGUUCAGUAUUUGGUCAGGUUUUUACAAAUGGAAUCACUUUUUGUACCUGACAUACGGUCUACCUUCUUUUGUAAUCUGUGUGGCUCAGUGCAUUCAGUCACUUUCAAUUAAAUCUGUUGAUUAGCGAUUAUACCAGUGCUG